GCGAUCAGUUCUCGCGUGAGCGUGGCGCAGUGAUAAUGGCCCUCCGGUCAGUGCUGAUUGCCUUGGCUGUGUUCGCAAAGUGUUCGGCGGUACUGUUUCCGGUUCGUCCGAAUUUACCCGAAGAUGCCGAGGGCAUGAUGAUGCCGGACGAUCGGAUAGCGAUAGAUGACUGUCACAUGCGGUACUUCAAGUACGGAGGUCAGGGACUGGUCGCUCCGGCCUACGGGCAGCCGGCCCUGUUGCGGGAGUUCGCCCACAUCGCGGCCAUCGGUUGGACGCGGGCCGACGGUACGGUGGACUGGAACUGCGGUGGAUCGUUGAUCUGGGAAAACUGGGUCCUGACGGCGGCGCACUGUGUCGCCGAUGAUGAAGACAUCGCCCCGGACGUGGCCCGGUUCGGUGACCUGAACAUCUACAGCAACGAGGACGAUCAGUACGCGCAGCAGUUACGCAUCGUCGACAUCAUCCGGCACACGCAGCAUCGGUUCAGUGCCAAGUACUACGACGUGGCGCUGCUUAGGCUCGAAAAGAACAUCACCGUCCACGAGACGGUGGCUCCGACGUGCCUGUGGCUCGACGAUGAGGUGCGCUUCCCGAAGCUCUGGUCGGCCGGCUGGGGUAGAACCGGUUUCGGUGAGGCCAAGACGGACGUUCUGCUGAAAGUAGCGCUCACCCCGAUGAGCAAUCAAAACUGCUCCCGGUUUUACACCGCAGCCGAGCGUGGGCUGCGCAACGGGCUCCAUGCGCACCACUUGUGCGCGUUCGACGAUAAAAUGGACACCUGUCCGGGUGACUCAGGCGGACCGCUGCACGUGAAACUGCUGCACAACGCCAAGAUGAGUCCGUUCCUCGUGGGCGUUACAUCGUUCGGCAAGCCCUGCGGUCAGGCAAACCCGGGUGUCUACGCCCGGGUAUCACAGUUCGGCACCUGGAUCAUGGAGACCCUGCGGAAGCACGAUCGUUUCAUCACACCGGACCUGUUCGAGCCGUGGUCUUGCGCGCUACGUUACGUGCAUGUGCGUGAGUACGAGGACGAUGUGGUCGUUUCGCGACAGAACAACUUUGAAACGUACAACAGCGACAACGCUCACCUGACGACCGGCGAAAGCCGUCAGCGGGUGACCGUCCAGUGGCCGGCGACCCUGCUGCCAGCCCGAACCAACUGCUCCGGCGUACUGUUCGAGCCGAACGCCGUAGUGACGCUGGCCGACUGUGCCAGCUAUAUGGGUGCCAAUCCAUCGAGAGUCAUCCUGUCGAACAACCGGUACCUGGAGGUCAAGGAAACCGUGGUGCACCCAAGCUACCGACGUACGGGCGACACGUACUACAACAACAUUGCCGUACUGAAGCUGGUGGCGGACGCCUCCAUACUGCCCGCCUGUGGCUGGUACAAGGACACUCUGCCGGAUCCACAAUUCGAGGUGCUCGGUGUGGGCCGUGCCGAUCUGACGCCCUACAACCGCGACUCACCGGUGAAGGGAUUAGAUCCUCGACAGAUCUCGCUGUCACCACGGGCAACCUACCGACCCAACGCCGACUGCCGAUUGGCUGAGCAGUACCGGACCCAGCUCACCCGGGGCCUUCAGCCGGAGCACCUAUGCUUCUCGAACGUCCCGUUCGUCGUCCCGGGAACUUGCCAGCAGCGUCCGGGCGGGCCGAUCGAGCGGGAAAUAUGGCGAUUCGAGCGGUACUUCAACUACGUGUACGGCAUUAAUCUGUUCGGUCGUGACUGUGGCUUCGGCGAGCCGGCUGUAGCGGUACGGCUCAGUGGACAUCGAGCGUGGCUCGAGUCGGUCCUGCUUUCAAACGGCCGCCAACCAUCGACGUCGGUCGCAACAAGCCACCAAAGUACCGACUCCGUGGUGUUCAUCAACCCAGACCUACACCUGUCCGAUCGCUGCCGGUACGCUGGCGGUGGGGAAGGUGUGUGCGUGGAGCAUAGCCGAUGCCCCGGAAUCCGGCAACGCGUUCAGCAGAACCUUUCGGUGAUCUUCUGCUCCAGUGGAUCCAUUGUGUGCUGUCCGAGCGAAGACCUCCAGCCAGCGGCCAACGACGACGAGAUCACGAAGGAGCUGGACGACUGCGAACAGCGAUACCAGCACCUUCGCCGGGAGCGCCAGCAAAAGUGGAAAGGAUUCCAGCCCCUCGAAAACCGACUGUCCCAUGUGGCCGAGAUCGGAUGGGAAAACGGACAGCAGAUAGAGUUCCGCUGCAUGGCCUAUCUGAUCAGCACGCAGGGCGUAGUAACGGCCGCCUCGUGUCUGUUGAAGCAAAAGGUAGAGCCAUCGGUUGUACGACUGGGAGGCGUCUGGUCUCACGCGAAAUCGGACAUCGCCAUCGUCAGGAUCGGACAGCUCGAGAUUCACCCGGAGUUCAACGAAACCUCGUUCGAGAAUAACAUAGCCCUGUUGAAGCUGACGACACCGAUCACUCCGACCGUGACCAUGUUUCCCGGGUGCGUUUGGCAGAAUGAGACACACACCCCCGUUGAGUUGGGUAUCGCCGGUAGAGGAGAACUGGAACCGAUCUAUCCGAUGUACCGCAGUGACUGCAACGAUCGGUUCUCGAAUCCGUUUCCGAUACCGCAAGUGACUUGUAUGACACCCGGCGCAGGUGAGCAUUGCUACAACGCUGGUGCCCCGAUCGUUUGGCAGAAGUAUGCUGGAACUAACCUGUUCACCGAAUAUCUGGUGAACAUGUACAGCCACGGGCGGUGCAAUGCAACGUCGCCGCGCAUAGUGCACCGUAUGGCGGUGUACGUUGAUUGGUUUAAAGAAGUUCUCAAGUAACGGGAAGGUGUGCAGAAAGCUUCGACUGUCGAUAUAACU